CUCUGCUAUCUCCUUCCCCUCUUCAUAGUCCAUCGGACAUACUAUCUGCCUAUCUCUCUAUCGCCAUCUUUUCCCGACCCCGCCACUACCCACCAUGUCGUUCUUCAUUGAAAACUCCAAUGUCGGGGACAGAACUUCCUUGGAAGACUCAAGAAUUCGAGGAUACAAUCCACUCACUCCUCCCAACCUCCUCCAACAUGAGAUCGCGUUGACGGACAAGUCGAGACAAACCGUCCUGGAGGGACGUGAGGAAGCUGCCGCUAUCGUCCAAGGCACGGAUACCGACCGACAUCGUUUGAUGGUCGUCAUCGGACCAUGCUCGAUCCACGAUCCGGAGAUGGCCUUGGAAUACUGUGAUCGGCUCCUGAAGUUGAAAGAGAAGUACAAGGACGAGUUGCUGAUUGUUAUGCGCUCCUACCUCGAGAAGCCUCGGACUACUGUAGGCUGGAAGGGUCUGAUCAACGACCCGGAUAUCGACAACAGCUUCAAGAUCAACAAGGGCCUGCGCGUGUCCCGCCAGCUCUUCGUUGACCUCACUAACAAGGGCAUGCCCAUUGCCAGCGAGAUGCUCGAUACUAUCUCCCCUCAGUUCCUGGCCGACUGCCUGUCCGUCGGAGCAGUGGGUGCCCGUACCACGGAGUCUCAGGUCCACCGUGAGCUGGCUUCGGGUCUGUCCUUCCCCGUCGGUUUCAAGAACGGCACCGAUGGCUCGCUUGGCGUCGCUAUCGAUGCCAUUGGAUCUGUCAAGCAUCCUCACCACUUCCUGUCCGUUACCAAGCCCGGUGUUGCCGCAAUUGUCGGUACCGUCGGCAACCCGGAUUGCUUCGUUAUUCUCCGCGGUGGAACCAAGGGUCCCAACUACGACGAGCAGAGCAUCAAGGAGGCCAAGGCGAAGUUGGCGGCCCAGGGCCUGCCACCCCGUCUGAUGGUUGACUGCAGUCACGGUAACUCGCAGAAGAACCACAAGAACCAACCCAAGGUCGCUGCCGUUCUGGCAGAGCAGAUUGCUGCUGGAGAGACCGCCAUCAUGGGUGUGAUGAUCGAGAGCAACAUCAACGAGGGCAACCAGAAGGUUCCUCCGGAGGGCAAGUCCGGCUUGAAGUACGGCGUCAGUAUCACCGACGCUUGCAUCCACUGGGAGGACACCGAGCUUGUUUUGGAGAACCUGGCCCAGGCUGUUCGUACUCGCCGGGAGAAAUUGACUUCGUCCCAGUGAGCGGCUAGCUCAGAGGGUUUUAUUUGUUCUUGAUCGUUAUUGGCACGACUUAAUGGGUUUGGGAGGGGAAAAAGUAAUUUUAUGGUUUUAUAUCAAAGCUUCUACACACUUAUGGCGGUUAGCAUGCCUUGUCAUGGCGAGGAGAGUUGGUCUACCUUCGCGAUUGAGCUGGUUCCUCUCUCUUCGUUGGUAAUCAAUGAAUACUAUUCUG